CCAUUCUUCCUUCGCUUCGCUCUUAAGAACAGCACAGGCACGACGGGGAUCAUGACUGCAAACCUUCCUCGGUCUCAUAAGCUGCACUCUAAGCUUCUCAUGGCGGUCGAUUCCUCCUCCUCCUCCAACGCACUUCUGCUGUCAAUCUUUUUAGCCUUGAGCUUGCUGAUCCCCGCCGCGAGCUCGGACAUCUCGAGCGACGUGGCGGAGUGCGGCAGCCACCUGCUCGCGAUGCAGACGUGCAUCACGUUCGUCCAAGGGACCGCCGAGGCUCCCACGCCCGACUGCUGCGCUGGCCUCAAAACGGUCCUCGCCAACAGGCCCAAGUGCCUCUGCAUCCUUGUCAAGAUGCACGACGACCCCCAACUCCCCAUCAAGAUCAACGUGACUCGAGCUCUCGCGCUGCCCACCGCGUGCAGCGCCCGUGCCAACAUCUCCAAGUGCCCGCAGAUUCUGAAGCUGCCACCAAACUCCAAGGAAGCAGAGAUCUUCAAGCAGAGCGGGAGUCCAACUCAAGCUAAGGGAAACUCCACCAUUAACACCACCACCGGCACAUCUCCCCGGGCCUCGUCUGAGACCAGUAGUGGGAGGAGCGAUUACUUGGAGUGGAGAGGGUGGUUGGCAAGGAAAGCUGUGGUGGCUUGUGUUCUUUUCUUGGUGAUGCCGCUUCCACUUUCCACUUGAUCCUUUGCAGCACAAGGUUUCCAAGACACAGUGUUUUGCUUUGCUCGUCAUGUUUCCCAACCUACUCUCUCUCUCUCUCUCUCUCUCUCUCGUCUGUGGAAACAAUUAAUGUUGUUGUAAGUUUGUCAUUAAUAUGUUGGACUGGAUGCCUCUACCAGUGAUAUGCCGAAAUAUUUAAUGGUUUGUACCACCAGGAAUAA